UGCAGUUGAUAACACCAAAACCUUGAAAAUUACGAUAAUUUGCACUAUACAUAUAAAAAGGCCGAUAAUCUAAACCUAGUACUAUUAGUUUGUUUCAAUCCUCGCGUUUUCCAUUUACUUACUUUGUUUUUACUAAAAUGUCUUUCCCCUUAGUUUUACCCAGCGAAAUUCAAUUACAACAAAUUUAUAAUGUUCUUGGUGUGGAUGAAGCGCGCCACCAACACCUUUUAAAUCGUUUUAAAAAUUGGUUGAGUACCGAAAAAUAUUUACCUCAAGAAUUCGAUGAGGCUUAUUUAUCUAAUUUUUUGUUGUUAUGCAAAGAUGAUUUAUCGAAAGCCAAAAUCAAAUUUGAAACUAAUUUAAUAAAUAGAAGUUCGCAGUUGCUUUCUAAAAUGAAGUUUAAACCUGGAAUUAUUGAUUUUAACGUAAUCAGGCAAAGUCUUAUAUUACCUUAUUUAACCGAAAAUGGUUGCAGACUCGUUUUUUGUUCUAUUCCGGAAGUUAUGGAAGAAUUCAAUUUAAUUUCUCUUUUAAAUUAUGCAUUAAAUUUAACUGAUAUUUUACUUUUUGAAGAUAAUUGUAGUGGGGCAAUUAUAAUUAUUGAUUUUAAAAACAUUUCAGCCGAAAUUAUUACUAAAAUUGAUUUUAGUACCUUUGUAGAAUUCAUGAAAUUCCUAUUAAGUAGUUUUCCACACCGACUAAGAAAUUUUCAUAUUAUCAACUGUAAACCAAUUAUUAAACCGGGGUUAAUAUUAAUGAAAUCGGUGUUAACUGAUAAAUUAAAAAACAGGUUUUUAAUACAUAACCAACCCGAAGAUUUAUUAAAUUACCUCCCGAUAACACAUUUACCCAUUGAAUGCGGAGGAAAUAGUUUCAGCUUGAACGAUUUAGCUAAUGAUUGGAAAAAAUAUUUUCAAGAAAAUCAUUUGACAUUGACAAGUAAACUAAGCAAAGUUCGUGUUCAACGUCAAAUACCCAAAGAAAAAAUGUCUUGGGAUUCUAGUUUCAGCUUUGGACUUGAUGGAUCAUUCCGUAAUUUACAAGUAGAUUAAAUUUUUUCUACAUUAAUAGCAAUAAUUAUGUAUAUAGUUCAUUUUUUUUCUAUAAUACCU